ACUCCUCACCCCUUGACUCCACACCUCUCGACUCCAGAAGCGUCGACUCCACACCUCUCGACUCCAGAAGCGUCGACUCCACACCUCUCGACUCCAGAGGCGUCGACUCCACACCCUUCGACUUCAGACCCCUCAACUCCAGACCUCUUGACUCCAGACGUGUCGACUACACACUUCUCGACUACACACCUCUCGACUCCAGAGCCCUCAACUCCACAUGCCUCGACUACACACCUCUCGACCACACACCUCUCGACUCCAGAGCCCUCAACUCCACAUGCCUCGACUACACACCCCUCGACUACACACCUCUCGACUACACACCUCACGACUACACACGCCUCGACUCCACACCCCUCGACUCCAGAGCUUUCGACUCCACACGCCUCGACUAUGCACCCCUCGACUACACACCUCUCAACUACACACCUCUCGACUCCAGAGCUCUCGACUCCACACCCCUUGACUCCACAGACCUCGACUCCACACCCUUCGACUCCACUUACCACUACUGUGUCAACUAGCACUGUUUCUAGCACACCAAGCUCCACUGUGGAACCUACCACUACUGGGGAAACUGCCACUGCUGUUUUUAGCACACCAAGCCUAACAACCUCUUCCCCACCUGUGUGCAUCAAUGGCGGGCAACUGCAAAAUGGAGUUUGCCUCUGCCCAGAUGAAUGGACUGGUGUCCACUGCUCUAUAGCUAAUGUCUGUGAAAAUGCCUGGCUGUACUACUAUACUUUUCCAAGCACUGUAAUUGGCUGGGCUGCAUACUCUCUGGAGAUCUGUGGACCUGAAACAAGCAACUAUGGUAACCCCAAAGCUACUGCAAGGUGUAUGAAUAGCACGACGGGUCAUCUAGAGUUUGAUCAUCUUCAGGAGAUAGACUGUGGACUCACCCUUGAUAAACUACUGAAUAAUAUUUCUGGUCCUAUCAAUCAGGAGAAGGCGCAGAAGCUUGCAACCAGCACACAGAUGCUGACUUCCAAUCCAGCGAGACUGACAGCAUUAGAAAUCAAUUCCGCUGCAAUGAUUAUCAACCGCAUCCUCGAUGAAGACACAUUAAGCAUCAUCACUAAGAAAGCUGCCGCUCGAUAG